UUGAUCACAUUUCACUCACUUGCUUUGAUAUUAUUUAUGCAUGUUAGGGAAUAUAUAAGCAUUAGCUUAUUAGUAUUUGACGUAAUUUCGGAUUUGAUAAUUCGGAUGUUUAAAUUUUAAUAACAAUAUACUGUGUUAACUUCUACAGUCUUCUCUCUAUAAUCUCGACAUCGCACAAUUAUCUUGAUUUUCUCCAUAUGUCGAGCAGGUGUGUCAAGAAGAAGUGGUGCAGAUUCAUUCACAUCAAAUCAGAAAUAUGGUCAGUUUAAGGUAUUUUCCUGUCAGAUACUAGUGAGUGAGCACAAUGGCAACUGUUGAGGAGGAAGUAAUUUUGAGUCAUGUUAAGGUUGGUGUUCAUGGUGAGAUUAAGGCCAAGGUCAGGGACCUGGUUGCCCCUGGAGACCACGAUGACUAUGAGGACUUGCUACUGGAGCUGAACAAACUCAUGAAGGAUGAACAGAUGGCGUCAAACUUUCCUUAUAAUCCAGAUGAGAAGGAGCUCUGUGCUGGACUUGUAGAAGACAUCUGGUAUCGUGUGAGAGUGGAGCAUGUCCUGUCCAGAAUGAACGGACCGUGUGCAAUGUGUUACCUUGUUGAUGAGGGGGAAGAAAAAUUUAUACCUGUGUCAAGACUACGCCACCUGCCUGCAAAGUUCGGCAGCCUUCCUCACCAAGUGCACACCAUCUGCCUGCAUGGAAUCCAGCCCCUCUCUCUGGUGACAUCACCUGAGGAUCUCAUGGUGCAUCCACGUGUGAGAAAAAAAUGGGAUAAAGCAGCUGUAAAGUACAUCUCUGAACGCAUAAAAGACACCUCUUUGAUUCGUGGCACAAUUCUUUACAAAUGCUCAGACGGAGCACUCUCAGUUCGUAUGUUCCUCAGGACGAGUUCAGGAGGUUUCCUGUCCCUGAAUGACACUCUCGUGGAACAGGGUUAUGCAAUCAACAUUGAAGAUGAGGAAUCUGGAUUUGCAGGUGAAGAGGCUCCAAUAUCGGUUGAGGACAAAAUUCGAGAAAAAUGCCGGAAAGAAAGAGAGGAAGUUCGUCUGCAGCUUGCUGCGGCUGAAUUCGACCCUCAUCCUGUUGGUUGUCAUGGAAAUGUUCAGAAAGAAGUGAGUGAUGAUCAUGAACGCUGGAUCAAUGUGAAAACAUCUUCAUUUACCGAAAGAAAAAGCCCGAUUUCAAUAGACCAAAUGUUGGAGAAGGAAAAACACCCUCCAGUUGUUUUUGAAAGUGAAGACGAAAUGAAACAUUCGAAUAGUAAAGCACGACAGAACUCAAGACGCCAGAGUUCUCAGGAUGACUACCUUCGGGAGAGGCUGUACAGUAAUAGUUCCAUGCACAGCACAUGCUCAGUGCCCUCAAAGCGCACUGAGGUUGUCCGACACUCUGGUUAUCAGUCUAUGGACGAGAAACUCUCGAGCAGAAUCCUAGGCAGAUCGGUGAUGAACCCAGAACAGUGUGACGAUUUACUUGAAACUGAUCAGGGCUUUGAAAAUAGGGCGGAUUUAAAACCUUUUAAAUCAAAUCUAAAUAGUGGUGUUCCGGAUGAUAGUGAUGGGCAAGAAAUUUCUAUGGAUUGCAGCCAAAUAAACAAGAUUGAUAAGGGUUCAAGAGUACUCAGUCAGGGAAGUUACAUAUCAAGCAAUUCUAUUCAAUUACAGUACUUAAGUGACAGUGGAAUCAUAAGCAGCAAUAGACCAAAGGGAAGAGGUUUAGUGUCUAGUCUAGGAGUGGGGGGUGAGCCCUUGCAGGGCAGCGGAAGGGGUUUGUUUGUUGGAAGGGGAUUCCGAUCCCCAGUGGGAUCCUUUAGUAGCCACAGUGACUCGGGUGACAGUAAGGGUAGGCCGAGGGAAAGGAUUUCAGGGUCGUAUUCUGAUGGUGUGAUUGCCAAAGGAUGUAGCAAAAUUUUCCAAAUUUACAACGUUGGACGUGGGAUGUCAAGUUUUGAUAAAGAUUUGAGCAAAGUACCUAGUGCUAGAGGAACCGUGUCAGCUGAAACAAUCACUGCACAAGGUGAAACUGUCCAUAAUUACCAUUUCUCAAAAAGCACAAAAGCAGUCCAUGAUCCCUCUAAAUCAGCAUGCGACCAGUUUACAAAUGAUGUAGAACAACCCUCACUGAGAGAGGCAUGUGGAAAUGCCAUGUCAAUUGCAUCCAAUCCUCUUCAAGAUUACAGCCAUAGCCAAAGAGCUUUUAGUGACUCAGAAACUCCCCGUAGAAAUUUGUCUGGUCCAAGAAACAUAUCCCGUGGCAAAGCCUUGCUUGGCGACUCAAAGCAAGUAUUUUCAUCUCAUUCAAAUGACAUCACAGUCAAUCGACCAAUCGUUUCUUUGGGACAGACCUCUUUGUCCAAUCAGCUGCUCCUGCCUGACGUGGUAUCUGCCUCCAUGAAAGGGCAGCUGGCUUUUACAAAGGCUAGAAUUCCACUGGAAACUGGAAAGCUGAAAUCAGCCUCAUCUGCAGGCAGCAGCAGACUGCCUGAAAGUUACACCAGUACCUUUUCUAGCUAUUCUGGCAAAGGUGCAACAAAAUCAGCAAUUUUGACACAAACCACCAGUUCUAUGACAACUCCUGAACCCAUGGUUGCAAACAAGCAAUCUCCUUUGAUAAUAUAUAAAGUUUCAGCUGUGAUUAUGGUGGAACAUUUGUGUAAUUGUAUAUCAAGUUACUGA